AUGGAAUCAUCGUCAUCAUCAUUAUCAUCGCCUCCGGAAUUCGAUUACUUGUUUAAGCUGUUGUUGAUUGGAGAUUCUGGUGUCGGGAAAAGUAGCCUCUUGCUCAGUUUCACUUCUGAUACUUUCGAGGAUCUCUCUCCUACAAUAGGAGUAGAUUUCAAGGUAAAGCAUGUUACUGUUGGAGGGAAAAAAUUGAAGCUUGCAAUUUGGGAUACUGCUGGACAGGAAAGAUUCAGGACUUUGACCAGUUCUUAUUACAGAGGAGCUCAAGGAAUCAUUAUGGUAUAUGAUGUGACACGGCGAGAAACAUUCACUAAUCUCUCUGAUAUAUGGGCUAAAGAAAUUGAUCUCUACUCAACAAAUCAAGAUUGUAUCAAGAUGCUCGUAGGAAACAAAUUUGAUAAGGAUAGUGAACGAACUGUUAGCAAAAAAGAGGGAAUUGACUUUGCAAGGGAGUAUGGGUGCCUCUUUAUUGAAUGCAGUGCCAAAACUCGGGUCAAUGUCGAACAAUGUUUCGAGGAACUCGUUUUGAAGAUUUUGGAAACGCCAAGUCUCUUGGCUGAAGGCUCUAGUGGCGUCAAGAAGAACAUCUUCAAACAGAAACCUCUGGAAUCUGAUGCAUCUACCAGCAGUUGUUGCUAA